AUGGCAGAGGAGAUCACGUCCUUACCCGGGGAUGCACUUAUUGCAGUCUUGUCGUUCCUUCCAACCUUUUGCGAUGUGGCAACUUGUUUUGCGAGCUGCCGCACCUUUUUCGAAUGUCGUGACGACCCAAUUCUCUGGAAGAAUCUCUGCCACUCACUUCUGCCUUUUUACGCCAGAUGCUCGUUUCGGAGGGACAGCGGCGAGGUAUUGCAAUGGAAGGAGAUUUGCCAAACCUUUGGAAAUCCAAGUGUGACAAAGAAUUCGCCGAUCGUCAUUUGGUUGCAAAUGGCACCACCUCAACAGAUCAGCAACCACGAGACGUCCAUGGAGGCGCGCGUCACAAUCUUCAACGCGGACAAAGUGCACCCCAUCAAGCUCAGUGUCGGGUACCAAUUUAUGUACUGGAAGCGUGUGGACCUUGCCACGGGCAAAUUUCUCUUUUGCGGGGAAAAGGCAUUCCAUCAGAUCCAUCCUCGAGCCUUUUUGCGAGGGGGGACGCUUGCUCCCGGAGGCAGGGCUGUACGGGAAAUCACAACGACACUCGAUCCAGGAGGGCGCUUUGAUUUUGACCCCUUCGAAUUGAUCUAUAGUCGCCAUCGACUUGAGUCCUUUCUCGAAGCCGGGGUUGGCAGCCAGUACUACCAUUUGCGCUCGACGUUGCCAAAUGCGAGCCGACGCGGCCCAUUCCAGAUACGGUGGGCUACACGGUGGAAAAAAGAAGGAGAUCGCAGGGAAGGAGAUGAUGACGGUGGCAUUUAUUGUUCUAACCCAGUGCCUUGGGAAUCGGCGAUGCAGCCAUCCGGAAUCUUUAAAGAAAAGGCAGACUAG